AACUUUAUUCAGUGCGUUUCUAUUAUAUCGUUGCUAUUUGUGCUUAGCAACCUAUAACUUCACAUUAUAAUAAACAACUGCUGCAAGGAAAUUUGUAUGAACUUAACGAAUUAACAUUUUUAAGGCUAACAAUGAGUCGCCAGGUGUUACAAGUUUUUGAGCAAUACCAAAAAUCUCGGACUCAGUUUGUUCAAACAGUGGCAGAAUUAGCAUCAAGGCCACAGAAUAUUGAAACACUUCAAAAUGCUGGAGUUAUGUCAUUGUUACGUCCUCUUCUCUUAGACAUAGUGCCAACUAUACAACAGACAGCAGCACUUGCUUUAGGAAGACUUGCUAAUUAUAAUGAUGAUUUAGCAGAAGCAGUAGUUAGAGGAGAUAUAUUACCUCAGUUAGUGUAUUCCCUUGCAGAACAAAAUCGUUUCUAUAAAAAAGCAGCAGCUUUUGUGCUGCGAGCUGUCGCUAAACAUUCGCCAGGACUGGCACAGUCUGUUGUUGAUUGUGGAGCACUGGAUGCUUUAGUCAUUUGCCUUGAAGAAUUUGAUCCUGGAGUGAAAGAAUCUGCAGCUUGGGCACUAGGUUACAUUGCAAGGCAUAAUGCAGAAUUAGCUCAAGCUGUUGUUGACGCUGGGGCUGUUCCUCUGCUUGUUCUUUGCAUACAGGAACCCGAAAUGGCUCUGAAACAAAUUGCAGCAUCAGCACUGAGUGACAUAUGCAAGCAUUCUCCAGAAUUGGCCCAGACAGUUGUAGAUGCUGGUGCAAUUGCUCAUUUGGCACAAAUGAUUCUAAACCCAGAUGCUAAAUUAAAGCGCCAAGUUUUCUCAGCACUGAGUCAAAUAGCUAAACACUCUGUUGAUCUAGCUGAGAUGGUUGUUGAAGCUGAAAUUUUCCCAGCUAUCCUUACUUGUUUGAAGGAUAAAGAUGAAUAUGUUAAGAAAAAUGUUGCCACAUUAAUCAGAGAAAUUGCUAAACAUACCCCUGAGCUUUCUCAAUUAAUUGUGAAUGCUGGAGGUGUUGCAGCUGUUGUGGAUUACAUUGGAGAAUCAAAGAGCAAUGUUAGACUGCCAGGCAUAAUGAUGUUGGGAUAUGUUGCAGCACACUCAGAAAAUCUUGCUAUGGCUGUUAUUGUAUCUAAGGGAGUUGUACAACUGGCGAUAGCACUCUCUGAAGAGCAAGAGGAUCAUAUUCAAGCUGCAGCUGCAUGGGCCUUGGGUCAGAUAGGUCGUCACUCACCAGAACAUGCUAAGGCUGUUGCUGUGGCAAAUGUUCUCCCAAAAUUACUGCAAUGUUAUUUAAGAGCAGAUGCAUCUGAAGAUUUACAGACAAAGGCUAAAAAAGCACUUAAAAAUAUUCUUCAGAAAUGUGUCCAUCUCCCAGCUUUAGAACCCUUGCUUCAUGAUGCACCACCCAAUAUUUUGAAACAUGUAGUUGGCCAAUUCAGCAAAGUACUUCCACAUGAUUCCAAAGCACGUAGGCUAUUUGUAACCAGUGGAGGUCUGAAAAAAGUGCAAGAAAUAAAAGCUGAGCCUGGAUCUGCUUUAAGUGAAUACAUCAACGCCAUCAACAACUGCUACCCUGAAGAAAUAGUCAAGUAUUACUCACCAGGCUACUCUGAUGCUCUGCUAGAGAGAGUGGAACAGUAUGCCCCUAAAGUAUAAAAAUAGAACAUCUAACUUAUCUGUUUUAUCAUUUUCCCAAGCUUACUGUGAUUAUAACUUGUAUAAACCUUGGAAGAAGAGGAUUCUAUGUUGAUUAUAAGUGCAUAACUAACAGAUUUAAAGAAAAAAACAACUCUCAAAUUGGAGUUUUUUACUUUUCUGUUAAUGUAUACUUUUAACCUUAAAAUUUACAAAAAUUUUUUUUCUCAUUAGACAUGCAUGAACAUUAAAUUUGUCCAGUAUUUUUUUUCUAAAUUAAAAAAACAAGCAUUGAGAAUAUAAUUUUUUUCGUUACCUAUGCCUCAGACAGACUUCAAAAAUUUUGUUUUUUAAAAUAAGUAAAGAGAAGUUACAUUAAAAUGAGUGUAUUUAGUCCAUGUAUUUAUUUGAAUAAAAAGGUAGACUUCACAAUAAUGUGUAUGAAAGGAAACUUUAUCAUAUUUUGUUUCAAAAAGUAUAUAAAAAUAGAUAAAAGAAAUGAUAAUCUUUUUUAAAACAAAUUUUAAAUGUACAUUAAAAAACUGUUUAUAUAUCUAUACUGUCUAUUAACAUUUGUUUGUUUUUUAACAAUCUAGAGAAUUUCCUAUGUUUUCAAUUAGUUUUAAUAUGAAAAAAAACAUGUAUUAUUUAAUAAUUGAAAAAAAACAUGUAUUAUUUAAUAAUAAGUAUACAAAGCUUUCAUUAAAAUUUUAAUAAAUAUA